GCGAGUAUGUUUGCUCGAAAUUCUCUCUCUCUCUCACUCUCUCUCUCUCUCUCUCUCCCCCUCAACUCCAACAACCUCACACACAAAACUCCUUAUACAUGUAAUGAACCUCUAUAAAAAGCAUGAGAAACGCCCAAAAUCCUUGCUUCCAAACUUUCAGACACUAAUACCGGGCGAAAAGUUUCACCGGCGACAAUAUUUGUGGCCGGUAAGCUCCAAAAUGGACGGCAAAACGACGUCGUCGGAGAGUUGGACCGACGAAAAGCACCUCCAGUACUUGACCUCCAUAGAGGCCUCCUUCGUCCGUACCAUGCUUGAAAAUCAUAACGGUCGUCUUCCUCUUCGUCUCGACCGAUAUUUGCCUGACACCUCCGACUCAACCCUAGAUUUGAAACCUCAUCAACGAACCAGAUUUAAGCAUGGCACUAAUUCUGAUUGUAUGGGUCCAAGAGGCAGAAUGGAGAGCAUAGCUGAAAAGAGAUCCAGGAGAAUAAGAUCAUCUCAGCCGUUGAAUUCAUCACGAGAUCAGGUGGUCCCACAGUUAGAAAUCAGAACCGUUGGCGAUAAGGAUGAGAAAGACCAGCAGGAUAAUGUACCUUCGGCACCUCUCAAUACUUUAAAUUAAUAUUCUUUGUUCUAGGUUUUCAUCUUUUCCUUUCUUUCAUUUUUAUUAUUUUUGAGGAUAUUGUGGUAGGGUAUAAAAAAAAUAUAAUUCAACAAACUUGACAAAAUCAUCAAAUGAUUUA